ACUACGACUCAAGAUGGCACCGUUGAAAGCUAUAUAUUAAGAAUGAACAGAAUCCAGUACCUUGGAGCCAUUCUUUCAUCUUCGUCGGCAUCUUAUGCAUUUCUGCUUACCUUCAAGUCUCUGCUCAGAGACACCUGCCCUAUAGACGGUCCCCAGCCUAAGCGACAAGCCUGGCCCCAGCCAUGCUACCCACAGCGCUAGCUAACACUAAGUCUUCACACGCAUCUUAAUCCUCGUGAACUCCGAGGAAGGGGCGGCUUCCCUUUACACAAGGGGCUUUAGGUUGGAGAAGGCAGGCCUUGGCUUCUGUUUCUUGUACACUUGUACUGUGCUAGCUGCAGUGACACCCAUGGUCACCGUCCUGCUCAAGGUGCGACGCUGAAGUCAAAGGCCAAGGGUGACACCCUCCGCAUCCUCGCCACCAAACCGCCUGGCUCUCAGGGAACCCCGACAGGGUGCGAGCCUUCGUCUCCGGGUCCUCUCGCUGCCGGGGCACACAGGAGCUCGGGGAGGUCUUCGCUAUCCGCCAGGGUUUGCUGGAAGGAGCAAGGGGCGACCAGGCGCCGCACACCACGGAGUCUUGGGGUCCUGAGUCUAUCCAGCACGCCGGGUGAAGCCGGAACCUUUCUCCUCUCGCCGCGGUCUCCAGGCGGAGACCGGAACUAUUCUUCCCGAGUUCCCGUUGCCGCACGGAAGCGUGCAAAGCCGGAAACAGUCCUCCGGCGGCCAGGUUCGCGCUGGGGUCGCCGGCUGCUGACGGGCACGGGCCUGUGCGGGGCCGCGGGUGCAGUUCGCAAUGGCGGUGGACAUUACGUUGCUGUUCCGGGCUAGCGUCAAGACAGUGAAGACGCGGAACAAGGCGCUGGGAGUGGCGGUAGGCGGCGGGGUCGACGGCAGCCGCGAUGAAGUAUUCCGCCGGAGCCCUCGGCCCAAGGGCGACUUUUCCAGCCGGGCCCGCGAAGUGAUUUCUCACAUUGGCAAACUGAGAGACUUUCUUCUGGAACACAGGAAGGAUUAUAUCAAUGCAUACAGCCAUAUCAUGUCUGAAUAUGGGCGGAUGACAGACACAGAACGAGACCAGAUAGACCAGGAUGCUCAGAUAUUCAUGAGGACCUGUUCAGAAGCAAUUCAGCAACUCAGAGCAGAAGCCCACAAGGACAUACAUUCCCAGCAAGUGAAGGAGCACAGGACUGCUGUUUUGGAUUUCGUUGAAGAUUACUUAAAAAGGGUGUGUAAACUUUACUCAGAACAAAGAGCUAUCCGAGUUAAGCGAGUGGUGGAUAAGAAGCGCUUAUCAAAGCUGGAACCAGAACCAAAUACAAAGACUAAAAAAUCCACAUCUUCUGAGAAAGUGUCACAAAAUCCCUCACAAGACUCAGAAGAAAAGCCUGCCACUGAAGAAUAUCCAGAAAAGCAUUUGGCUGAGACACAACCCGAAUUGGGAGCAUGGAGUGACGGCAAGGGUGAAGAUGAGUUGUCCCCGGAAGAAAUACAAAUGUUUGAACAAGAAAACCAGAGACUCAUUGGUGAAAUGAACAGCUUGUUCGAUGAAGUGAGGCAAAUUGAAGGGAAAGUGGUUGAGAUUUCCAGACUCCAAGAGAUAUUCACCGAAAAGGUUUUGCAACAGGAAGCAGAGAUCGACAGCAUCCACCAGUUAGUCGUGGGGGCGACUGAAAACAUUAAGGAAGGCAAUGAGGACAUCCGAGAGGCCAUCAAAAACAACGCUGGCUUCCGUGUGUGGAUCCUCUUCUUCCUCGUGAUGUGCUCCUUCUCCCUGCUCUUCCUUGACUGGUAUGACAGCUAGCCGCCCGGGCAGCAGCCUGCAGGCAGAGGGUACACAGAUGCCUCUGACACACCCAGUGCUACCAGCUGUCUCUGGCACCAAAGCGUAGCUGCGACUGUUUUGAUCAUGGAGCCACGUUGAGAGGCAAGGGGCCUGAGACAGAUGUGUACUUCACAGAAGGACUUCCAGCCAGUGGUGGCAUGCCCGGUGAGAGCCGGGAACGCACGGGGGUUGAGCGUGGUCUAUGUAACAGUCCUGAUUAAUGUAGAUGGCAGGGGUGAGGUGGUUAGGGCUCACACCUUGAUGGAGGCCAUGCUGUGUGACACAUGGCAGGGGCUGCUCCAGAAAAGUGGCCAGAUACACCUCAUGCUUCCCACAUUGACCCAGGGCUCAAUGGACCCCUCGAACCUUGCCUGUCCCCGUAGCUUCAGGAAAGAACAGGUUAACAGUAUCUCUCAGCACACAAUUGUUCUUGCUUCCUUGCGGCUUCUUGCCUGUGAGUCCACUGACACACAGUCACGGUGUCAUAGACAAGAAACUUAACUUACAUUUUCCUGGUGACUAGUAAAUGCUGCUAUAGUCACCUACUCAUUGUCAUGAGUCUGCACUAAGAAGCUCCGUGGCCCCAGCCUGCCUACUUGGGACCCUCCGCCUGGCCUCACUCUGGCUGCUCCCUACCCCCUCACACAUUAAUGGCAGGGUUGACGGCAGGCUUGUGAGGCCCAAGGAGCUUCUAUUCCAAGAAGGAAGUAGGCCUCAGAAGUGUGGGCCUGCCACCUUGUGCCUGUGCACCUUGCGCCUCUAGGAAGUGUCCAUGGGAUCACCUGGGAGCCAAAAACGUGCAGCACAUGGACCACAGCUGUGCACACAGCACCCUGGUAUCUGGCAGACAGGAGUUGGUUCACACUGCUCCUGGCCAGACGAGUGUAUGAACAGACGGUCUGGUGGGUGGCUCAGUACCCUCGAGUUCUUUUAUUUGCACAGAGUGAAAUGUGAGAGGUUACAUGGGAAUGACUUUACAGCUAAUAAAGUACAUGUCUACUAGAAAAUACAGAUGGGCUUGUCUGGUCCUGUGCUGCAUAGCUGCUUGUGUUCAGCUCUGUGCAGGACAAGGGUUGGCACAUGUUUAUCGCUCUUUCUGCACUUGCUCCUCACAACACAGGCCUCUGCCGUGCACGCCACUGUGCUCGCCAGAGUCAUGGUCUUUGCUUCAAAAUGCUCUUGAUGUAUU